UGCUUUGGAUGUUAACCGCUUGUUCAACGACGUAGAACGAGUGUUGGCAAUUCUUGUCAGUGAGUCUUAUGGAUUACCGAAGCAAAGUGUAUCUGCGUAGUAAUCGAAAUUCAGAAUCCUUCAGGAUUCGAGUGGGUUCACAAUUCCAGGCCGAUAUUCCUGCGAUAUGCAGUGUGAAGUAUGACGUGUGCGAUUCUUCUGUGGGUGAGUUGCAGUGGGAUCCUGGCGCACUGCCAGAAACGGAAGUGGCGGAUUACUUGAAAUCUGUGAAACUCGCUGGAAAACUUUGUGUAGAUCAAGAAACUGCCCUUCGUUUGCUUCAUCAGUGCGAAUAUAAUACGGAGAAAGCACUUGAACUGCUUCCUCAGAUUCAGGACCUUCAUGUGACGUGGUCCGAAGAUGAAUGUCGGCGAUUUGAAGACGGGUUAGAGAUGUAUGGUAAAGAUUUCUAUUUAGUGCAAAAGUUUGUGCACACCAAGACUUUAGACGAUAUCGUAAAACUGUACUAUACAUGGAAAAAAACUGAAAGAUACGACGUCUUUGUGAAUCAGAGACCAUUUUUUGGCAGGUCAAGGUUCAGGACGAAAGUGAAAAGGAAAAUUUAUCGUAGUAUCGAAUAUGGGGACGUCUUCCUAGAGGAAGAAGGUGCUUAGAACUUGAAAAUGGAAAGUGAAUUUAUUCAUUCGAACUUCCCGCCGCUGUGUACUCUUUCGAAUAUUCCUGUAAAAAAGAGAGUACCGUAAGACUUGAUCGAUUAUGAAAAUAGAUUUUCCAUAGACAAUGAAACAGCAAAUCUACUUAAAUUUAACUUGAACUAUAACCUACUUAAACCUAAAAUUUUCCUUCGUGUUUAAAGUUUAGGGCAUGUAGAGAAAUUUUAUCUGCAAUUUUUAUGCUAAUUUCGUACCUUGCAUUUUAUAAGAUUUUUUUUUUAAGUGACGUUCAAAAUUUUUCGCUUUUAUGGCUAACAUUUCAGUUAUGUUGAUGAAUUAUAUAAUAUUUUAAUUAUUUGGGAUACCUACAUUUUGUUAAAAAUGAUCGAGAUAAUUUAAUUCAAUUAAUAAAAGUCUUGCGUCAUAUUUUUUGUUUUA